AUGAAGCACCGAUUUGCCGCGCUGGCGACGCUCUCACGCGCCUCAACAUUCCCGACCGCUCGAUGCGCGCCUCUAUUCACACGCACCUCUCCUAGCAUAUCGACCCAAUUCAGAACACCUUCACAGUUCCGAUGCUUCGCGACCAAGCCCAGGGGCGUUGACAAGGAGAGUGACAAAUUCGGAGACUACAGCAACUCCAACGCCCGGCCUGCUUCAGAACUCAAUGAGAACAUCACACAGGAAGAGAAGGAUCAUUUUGCAAAGAAAUUACAAGAAGACAAGGGCAAGCAAAUACGAACGCCAUGGCACAGAGAGGGGAGCGACUUGCCGCCUGUCGCGCGACAGAGAAGCGCUGGAGCAAUGACCAAGGGUAAAUUGCUCACCACGCCAUCCCGGAUGCUCAAGAUCAUUCUGCCACUCACGACAAGCGAUAUGAACACGGAUCGCAAGGACAUUGAACCGCUAGCACUCCUCGUCCACCCACAACAACCCAUCUCGUAUCUCGAACGCUUGAUACAAGCUGAACUCCCCAGCAUAAAAGAUAAAGAGGGCCGAGACAGGCAGCCGAAUAUCUACUUCCGCGCCGAAGACUCAAUGCAGCAGGAUGCUGAGCCAGAGGAAGUAGAGAGCACGCCAGUCAGUAACGAUAGCGAAAGUCUUAGUGAAAAGGACGGCGAAGAGGACUUUGAACAGGUCGAUGAGAUUCGCAUUGACGGGAAGACACACAAAACAGGCAAGAUCAACAGCCAGGAUAGGAAGACACCUGAACAAGCGGAUGAGCUGCGAGGUGGACCUGGACAGGGCGGCGUCGAGUCAUACUCUGGGCAGGGCCAAGAAGCGCCGGCAGACAAGCAAGGCGCGCGCAAGUUUGUACGAUGGUCUUCAUCUACCGAGAUCGGCGACUUCAUCCGUGAUGCUGCUCGAGGACAGGAAUUUGCCAUUGAGAUUGAAGGUGCGCCAGAGGAGAUUCGGGUUGGUGUGCCCAGCUUCAAUGAUAGGACCUACUAUCUUCGAAUGCGUCUACGCAAGACAUCCAAGAAAAUCAGCGAGAUGGCGACCGUGAAGAAAGAGUGCGAUGAUCUGGCGCAGAAGGCGGCAAAGAACGUUGCGAGGGCUGGGUUUGUCGGUAUUGCUGGAUGGUGGUGUGUUGUGUACUAUCUCACAUUCCAAACCGAGCUGGGCUGGGAUGUCAUGGAGCCCGUUACAUACCUUGUCGGUCUCUCUACCCUUAUCGGUGGUUAUGUGUGGUUCCUCUACCACAACCGCGAAGUCAGCUACCGCUCUGCCAUGAACUUCACUGUGUCUCGUCGACAGCAGAAGCUAUACCAACAACACAACUUCGACUUGCGCAAAUGGGAGGUCCUGAUCGAGGACGGCAAUGCCCUUCGUAAGGAGAUCAAGGCUGUUGCCAACGAGUACGAUGUUGAGUGGGACGAGCUGCAGGAAGAGAAGGACGAGAAUGUGCAGCAGGCACUCAAGAAAGAGCGCAAGAGGAAAGAGGAGAAGAAGAAGGACAAAGACGACGAGGACGACCCAGCACCAGAACCAGAGAAGGAUGACAAGAAGUGA